AUGCCUUCAAUGCAAGACUUUGAGUACCAACUAGGACUUCUCAAGCUUGAGAGCGAACAGGACGAGAUUGAAGAUGCAUCUCUAGCCCCAGUUUUUGCAGGCCCAAUCCUCGAUAUGCCCAUUCCAACCCCAUCACAAUAUGGACUUCUAGGAGGUGUGAAAAGUGUUUCAACUCUUACAAAUCAACGGACUGUUCACGACAAAGAUCCUCGGUUGCUUUUCAAUGUGGCUUCUCCAUCAAGCACAUUUAUCUGUGGUUCUCAGGGCUCCGGCAAAAGUCAUACCUUGUCUUGUCUACUCGAGGAUUGCUUGAUCCCAUCCAGAGCUGGACAGCUUUCAAAUCCCCUCACAGCAGUCAUUUUCCACUACGACACGUUCAUUAGUGAUACAGCCGGCAGCCCUUGUGAAGCUGCUUUCCUAUCCACUGACCCUAACAUUGUAGUCCGGGUUCUUUGUGCGCCUACAAAUAUUCGCACCAUAAAGCGAACCUACUCGAGAUUCAGCAACAUUACGGUGGAACCUCUGAAAAUCGAUCAAAUUGAUUUGAACACCAAGCGUAUGCUGGAUCUGAUGGGAGUGGGCCAAGACAGUAGUAGCCCUCUACCCCUCUACAUGUAUACCAUCCAGCGAGUCCUUAGGGAAAUGCGCAUUGACCAACAAACCCACGAAACCGAGUUCGAUUAUGCGAAUUUCAAGUACAGAAUUGGGGCAGCGGGCCUUCUUUUGGGACAGCUUGAGCCGCUAAAACAGCGACUUGAUUGUCUGGAGAGCUUUAUGCCUCCCAAGCAAACGAUCACUGGCUCCAAGCCCACCGGGAAAAAAGAUAAAGACGCUACAACACGAAAGAGUUUGGGUUCAAGCUGGAAGCCAAAGGCGUCGCAGUUGACGAUCGUCGACUUGUCUUGUCCUUGUAUCUCGGCCGAUACUGCCUGUUCCCUAUUCAAUGUCUGCUUCGGAAUCUUCAUGGAGCAGGAUUCGCAGAUCGGCAGAAUAAUCGCACUUGAUGAGGCUCACAAGUACAUGAAAGGCUCAGUGGAAGCCAAAAACUUUACGGAAACUCUACUUUCGACAAUCAGGCUCCAACGCCACCUCGGUGCUCGGAUUUUUGUCUCUACCCAGGAUCCAACCAUCUCCAGUGACCUUAUCAGUCUGUGCUCCAUUACAAUCGUCCACCGUUUCUCCUCGCCGGCAUGGUUAUAUGCACUCCAGGGUCAAAUCGCUGCUGCUGCCCUUGGCGCGGUAUCGAAAAAGGGGUCCGCGGAAGACCCAGAUGUUGUAAGCAAAUACGCUCUCUUCCAUCAGAUUGUUCGUCUUCGAGUGGGCGAAGCCCUGCUGUUUUGCCCCAAUGCUGCGUUUCCCAUUACACCGGAGGAUGAUAAAGGAGUUCAAGGGUCCAAAGCUCCGAAGUUGAUGACUCUGGGUGCUGGAUAUGUGGUGAUCAAGGUUCGAGAUAGGUUGACGGAGGAUGGUGGGAAGAGCGUUUUAUCUUCUUGA